AAAAAUGCUGAAUUACCAGAAGGGAUUCAGUAGUUUCAAGCACCAGAAGCACAUUCGUUACCAUUAGGAGAUUCUAGGGUCUCCAAAAACACCACCCAUAAACCCUAAACCAUUUCUCCGAUUAUAGCAAUUCUUUGUCGUUGUCCCAAUCAACAGAGUAGAUUUUAUCCACUCACCGCCUCUCCCAGAUCAAAAUGGGCGUAUUUUUCAAUAUAAACAAUCCCGUGGGAUUGCGCCCUUUACAAUCGAAUCGAAAGCAAGAGAGAGAGAGAUGGAAGGCGGGCCGAAGGGGAAAGUUUGUGUAACUGGGGGCACUGGAUUCGUUGGCUCAUGGCUCGUCAAGAAGCUUCUCGACAAUGGCUACUCUGUCACCACCACUGUAAGAUCUGACCCAGAGAAGAAAAGAGACUAUAGCUUUCUGACGAAUCUACCAGGAGCAUCAGAAAAACUCCAAAUAUACCAUGCUGAUCUCGACGACCCGGACAGUUUUGCUCCUGCCAUUGAAGGUUGCAUUGGAGUCUUUCAUGUUGCUACCCCAAUUGAUGUGGAGGAAAAGGAACCUACUGAAGCAGUGGUAAGAAGAACGAUGGAUGGAACAUUGGGCAUCUUGAAAGUUUGUCUGAAUUCGAGAACAGUAAGGCGUGUUGUAUACACUUCCAGUGCAGCCUGUAUGCAGUUUAAUCACAACAAAGUAGAUUUUCUGGAUGAAAGCUGUUGGAGUGACAUGGAUUACAUUAAUAACAUUGCACCAUAUGGAAGAUCGUACCCGAUUUCCAAGACAUUAACUGAACGAGCAGUUCUCGAGUUCUCGCAACAACACGGAUUGGAAGUUGUCACUGUUCUUCCAACCUAUGUUGUUGGUCCCUUCAUUUGUCCAAAACUUCCUGGCUCCAUUCGUGUGACAAUGUGUCUGAUGUCAGGUAAUGAAGCAGAAUAUGGAUUGAUUUUAAAAUCAAAUAUGGUGCAUGUAGAUGAUGUGGUCAGAGCACACAUUUUUCUUUUUGAACAUCCAAAUGCAAGUGGGAGAUAUGUUUGUUCUUCCCAUAUAAUCACAYUGGAAGAAUUGGCUAAAUUUCUUUCCGUCAAAUACCCAGAAUUUCAGAUACCAUCUGUGGAGUCUUUGAAAGAUGUCAAAGGCUACAUAUUCACUGAUGUCUCAUCAAAGAAACUUUUGGAUACUGGUUUUGAAUACAAGUAUGGGAUUGAUGAAAUGUUUGAUGGAGCAAUCCAGAGCUGCAAAGAGAAGGGUUAUCUCUAGCUCAUGCUUUACAGUAAUAUUAUAUGAAAUAGAGGGAGCAGUAAACAUGGGAGAGAAGCUUUGGAUUGCAAAAGGAGACAAAAAGUUUGAUAUCGUUAGUUCCUCUGGCCUUUGGACUAAAAAAAAUCUGCAUGUUACAAUCUUAAAGGAAGUAAUGAUAAUUUCUGUUUAUGUUAUGAUCUGAAAUUAAGGGUUUGUAUGAUGAAUGGUUGCUUCUGCAGUAUACAACUGUUAUGGUCUUAUGGACUUGCAUGUC